CAAGACGUAUAAGUUGAUUCGGAACUUAAUCACGCCGAAUAAACCGUCAGAGAAGACGUUUGCAGAGGUAGUAGAACUUGUACAACAACAUCAACACCCAAAACCGUCGGUGCAACGAUUCACGUUUAAUACUCGGUUCAGGAAACCUGGUGAGUCAAUUGCUUCGUAUGUAGCUGAAUUAAGAAGUCUUUCAGAACAUUGUGAUUUCAAGAGUACCUUAGAAGAGAUGUUACGUGAUCGGUUGGUGUGUGGAAUAAAUGACGAACAGAUUCAGCGUAGAUUGUUAGCAGAAAGUUCUCUCGACUUUAAGAAAGCCAUGAAAAUAGCUACAUCAAUGGAGACUGCAGUAAAGAAUGCACGAGAUUUGACACAUCAGAUGGCCAAUGCAAAUAUAAAUACUGAGAAACCUGCAACAUUACACCGUGUGGACAACCAAGGACAAGGAAACCAACCAUGGUCAAAGCCUGAAUGUGGUCGGUGUGGGGGUAAACAUGACCCGCAACAAUGCAAAUUUCGCGAUGCUGAGUGUUUCCUGUGCCACAAGAAAGGACACAUAGCAAGAAAAUGUCGAAGCAACACUAAGGCGACUGGAAAAAAUCAACGAAACGACAACCCUAACUCAGGCACUAGCAGCAACUAUUUAAACAUGAAGGAUGACGAGAUCGAAGAGGAAGACGACAACUAUGGGAUUUAUAGUCUGGGCAAAGGGCAAGCUGAGCCAUAUGUUGUUGAUGUACUGGUGAGCAAUGAAAGUCUAAAGAUGGAAGUAGAUACUGGUGCUGCAGUUAGUGUAAUGAAUGAGGAUACAUAUACAUUAUUGAAGAAAAAACACCCAAACCUAGAGCUGAAGGAAUCAAAGGUAAGACUAAAUACCUAUACGGGAGAGCAAGUUAAAGUUUUGGGUCAGUUGGAGACUUCGGUGAAGUAUGAAGAUCAAGAAGGCGUAUGGCCUUUACUAGUCAUAACGGGGAAGGGCCCUAACUUGAUUGGCAGAAAUUGGCUCCAAAAGAUUAAAAUAAAUUGGAAGAAUUUAUUUCAGUUAAAAGAGGACAAGAAUACCUCAGUCAAAGUUAAUAAGUUACUUGAGAAGUAUGAGAAAGUGUUUCAUGAAGAGUUAGGAACAUUUCCUGGUCCCAAAGCCAAAAUAUAUGUGGCUGAGGAUGCAAGUCCAAAGUAUUACAAGGCAAGACCUGUUCCCUAUGAUUUGAGGGAAAAAGUAGAAAAGGAGUUAGAAAGAUUGCAAGAAGAGGGAACUAUAGAGCUUGUCCUGUUUGCAGAUUGGGCAGCGCCAAUAGUACCAAUCGUUAAGGAUGAUAAGUCGAUAAGAAUUUGUGGGGAUUAUAAAGUAACUGUCAACCAAGCUGCAAAGUUAGACAAUUACCCGAUUCCCAAGGCAGAAGAUCUUUUUGCGACUUUAAGUGGUGGAGAGAAAUUCACCAAGCUCGAUAUGAGUCAAGCCUAUCAACAAAUCUUAUUGGAGGAUGAAUCAAGACAAUAUACUACCAUCAACACACACACAAAGGACUUUUUCAGUACAAUCGAUUGCCAUAUGGAGUGUCCUCGUUCCCUAGGAUUUUCCAGCGUACUAUGGAAAACCUACUGCAGGGGAUUCCUUUCGUGGUUGUGCGAGUGGAUGAUAUUUUGGUCUCUGGUUCGAAUGAUGAGGAACAUUUAGCAAAUUUAGAAGAAGUUCUAAAACGGUUGUCAGAGCAUGGGUUACGCCUAAAGAAGAAGAAGUGUGCCUUCAUGGUGAACGAGGUGGUGUAUUUAGGCCAGAAGAUAAAUAGCCAAGGAAUACAACCAAUCCAAGAGAAAGUCAGAACCAUCACCAAUGCACCGGCACCGACAAAUGUGUCUGAAGUUCGAUCAUACUUGGGAAUGAUCAACUAUUACCAAAAGUAUUUACCAAAUUUAUCAACGAUUCUGGCACCACGUACUGCACAGCCUGUUGGAAAAAGGGAAAAGUUGGAAAUGGAGUGA